CACGGGUGGUGUGCCAUGACACGGGCAGACUGUGGGCAGCAAUCAUUCAGCGUCUCGUGUGUCUAUGAGCAGGCCAAGUCAACAGAGCAAGACGUCUGGCAAAAUUGAAAGAACGGCACAAAUGGGAAUCAUCACACAGCUACACAGCAGGCUACGUCACACACUCAAUUAAUUACCUAGCCUCCCUGGCUCCCUCCCACUGGUGCCCCUCCCACUCCCCCUCCCCCCGGCUGUCCUCCUCCUUGUCCACCACGGCCAUCCCCACCACCACGACCCAUCCCGCCGCCACGUCCCGCAGCCGCAGAGGGCGGACCACUCGGAGAGGAGCCCAACGACGCGAAGGGUGGUACACUGGACGGGUGCACGGAGAGCGCUGCAGGGCGAGGGCCAGGGAGGGGAUAUAGUCGGCUGAGCGAGCGAGCAGCGGGUCGGUGUAUGGUGAGCGUCGGGCGCACGUUGGGCAUGGCGGGCUGGGGAGUCCGCACGACGGAAGCUGGUGCUGACGAGGGGCCGGAAAACACCCCACCACCACCAUGGCCAGCAGAGAAGUGCAAGAAUGCCACACAGACAGGACGCCACAGCUAUGUCGAGUUGUACGCCAGCAGGCUCAUGCAUACCUGGACGGAUUGUAUGUUGCGGAGCGUCCGGGUCGGCAGAACCAUCUCCCGGUGGAAGGCCCCCUGAGGGUCCCCAAUGGCGACUGACAGCAUGCAAAACAGACCAAUGACUCAUUCACACAUCGAUUGCAACGGUGUCCGGUCAGCGAACCUUGGGGUGCAGCUGUCAUGGUCUGAUCGGUCGUCCAUCGGUCGAAGUCCAGCCACAGGUCGGUCCGGCUCGGCCGACCCACAAACUCACGGGCACGUCCAGUCCCUGUGCACAGAGAAAGGGCUGAGACGAUUGGUGCGGCGCCAGCCCGCAUUACUCACCUCCUGCAGCCUCAGACGAAGUGAGUAUCUGACGCGACGAGUGCACCACACGGCCUGUUGACGCACAUCCAGACAGACAGACAGGCAAAUCGUGUGUGUGUGUGUGUGUGGUGUUGCGUGGUGGUGGCGGUGUGUGUACCUGAGUGGUCGACGGUCGCCACAGCAUCCACACGACCACCUGUGCAGUGAAUCCAUCCAUACACACGCCCCAGUCAGUGGAUUGAGCGUGGUUGUGCCGCCGUCGUUCUCUCUCACCUGCACGGGCAGAACUCGCAGCACCGACAGCAGCAGCAGCAGCCGAUGUGUCGUCACCGACAACAGCACCAUUUGACGCACAGACAAGGACCACACACACACCAUCGGUGGAUGGAUGGAUGGAUGUGAGUGUCGCUUCCUCUGAUUCUGCAUAUACCAGCAUGCGAUCGUGGAGCACCAGCUGCUCGGGAUACGGGGGCGCCGGACAUGGCUCGAUGGGUGCGGGCAGACGGCACCAACAGACUGGGCACAGACGAAUAGGCGGGAGGAGAUGCCUGUAAGUCAUGAGAAAGCGACACACAGAGCCCAUCCAUUGUGUUGCAUGUGGGCAGACUCACGCAAGCUCGUCAGGGCAUACCUGAAACGACUGAAUCGUCUGUAACAUGUUGGCUGCACUCGGUGUCAUCGGGCCGGCGACAGUGCGGGUGUAGACGCCCUCGGGGUCCAAUGCACGAACUGGCAGAAAGCAAAAGCAAACAAUUGUGACACUCGAUAUCGGCCCGCUGCCCACAUCAACGAACCUUGAUGCGCCACCGUAAGGAUUUCCUGCAUCUGCAAGCCGGCGACGAGGAUGAGGGUGUUGAGUUGGGCCUGCAGGGAGGCGAGAUUGCCGCCACCGCCACCCGCCAUACCCCCUGUUUGCGAAGGAGAGAGAGGGGGGAGGGACGUAUAAGUGGCUGGCUGACGAUUUCUCGUUGGCUGUCUGUGUGUGUACCUGAAGCCGCGCUGCCCCCAGCAAUGAGAUGCUCAUGCGAUGGAUCGACAACAGAACCUGACAGAGAGACAGACACGACACACAUGGACACGUAGGUGGAUGGAUGGGUUGCUUACUGCGAUGGUCACGAUCUGUGUGAGCCGCAAUGAGUGCCUGGUCAUCCGAUGGGGCACGACCAUCACCUGACACACACCAACACACACUUAGGCAAGACCACACCGUUUUCCACCCCCUCUCCCAUCAUCCAUCCAUCCAUACCUUGCUGCGCUGUAGUAGGUGCGAUGGCUACGUCAGAGCCCGCAGAUGGCUCGGCCAGCGCCGCCGUCUCACCGCCCCCGCCUCCAAACACACACACAUCGAAUGUCGGGUGUGCUCUCCCCUGUGUUGACGAACGACCUACGUGUCUGUGAGGUCUGCAGUGGCAUGCACAGUCGCUCGUCCACCGCAUCAUUGCCGUCAGCUGACACACAGACAGGGCAGAAAGGAACGUCGUGGUGCCCUUCUGUGCCUUGUGUGUGAUAAUGUUCGGUUCGCCCACUCCAGGGCUGAAGUGGGCGAAGCGAACGACCCAGCGGCACCCGUCCUGAUGCGAAACGACAUACAUCAGACAGACACGUCAGUGCACACACCAUCCUCAGUCAGCACUAUCCGCUCACCGCUGCUUCUGGAAGGCGGGCCGGGGGCCUCUGACGGGCGAACGUCGUCUCGCAUCAAACCUGCAGCACACACAACACACAUGUGUGUGUCUAUCAGCAUGCCUGUGUUCUGAGCAUCUCACUCGGCACACUGGAAGACGAUGCUGCCGCUGCUGCCGCUGCACUUGCACUCGCACUCGCCUGCACACACACAGUCCCACACACAGAGAUGCACACAGACGGCAUGCCGCCAAUCGACGCAUCGAAGUUCCCAUCCUCCCGUCCGUCCAGCCAUCCCAUCCCACCUGUCUGGCGUUGGCCUCUUCCUCCAUCCGCUGGCGCGCCUCCUCUUGACGCCUCUUCUGCUCCUCCUCGACUUCCCUGACCAGGGCUUCGAGCUUUUCGGGCUCCAGCUGGGGGCCCUCCGCAAUCUCACGCCGCAUCUGACACCACACACACACACACACACGGACACAUGUCAAUACAUGGACCCCUCCGCUCCCACACCCACACCCACCCACCCACCCACUUACCGACUCUGGGGUUGGGAAGAACUCGUCAUCGGCGGCCACGUAGCCCCUUUGUCGCUGCUGUAUGCUGGCCAAGUAGGUGGCCAUGCGCGUGUGGUGGAUGUACAGGUCGUGCAGGAGGGCGUCCAGGUCUGGGUCGGGUUCGACGUGUCUGGUGUGGGCGAAGAGCCGCACGAGGGUGGGGAGGAUGUCGGCGAGGCGGUCGCGCUGGACGGCCGUGUGGGUGACAGCGUGCAGAUCCAGCUCGUGUGGGCGGAUGGGCAGCCCUCGCGCAUAAGUCAGCAGCCCGGUCAAGUCAGCGAUCUGACAACGGAAGGAUAGGACAGGACAGGAAAGGUAAGGCCACCCAUACACACACCUGUCUGAUCGAUCCCCAACCCUCCUCUCUCUCUCCCUCCCUCCCUCUCUCUCUCUCUCUCUCUGUGUGUGUGUGUGUGUGUGUGUAUGACACUGCUUACGUUACUGAGGGUGUAUGCGAUGCCCCGCUGGUCCCCAUCCAAGAGUUCCGUCAGCACCAGGUCGAGCAGGCUGAUGGCCAUCCGCCGCACGGCACCAGGCAGGUCCAUCGUCUCAAAAGUGGUGUCGUCAUACAGGCGGUAUCGUGCGUGGUCCAAUGUCAGCCGAUCGAUGACCAUCCGCCACACGGCUAUGUUGGGCAUGCUGGCGCCGCGAGUGACCAGCAGGAAGCAGAUGUGGGGCAUGGCGCGGGGCAGGUCGGUCAGGGAAGAGAAGGCGUUGUUGAGCUGACGUGCCUGAACGACAAACACGAAUGCCAUCCAUCCAUCCACCCCUCUCUCCCUCAGUCGUCCGCUCACCCAGUACUGGAGGGAGCGUGGGUCGGUGGUGACGCUGGUCAUGCCCUGGAAGGCCUCGGCCACGAGAAGCAUCGCCUCGCGCGUCUCGGCAGGGUGCAGCAGAGGGCCGAAGAGGGUGUGGAACAGCAUGUCCACUUGCGGAAUGGUGGCGCGGCGGGGGUCGAUGCCGUCAGCGACUGUUGUGGUAGCAGUUUCCUGGAGUUGCGGCGCGCUUGUGGCGCGGCGCAGCUGGCGGCUUGUGCUGAAGCCGAUGGGGUAGCUCUCUCCCGCCGGGAUGAGAUCCUGCUGGUAGGUCAGCUCCCCGUCAUCGUCAUUGUUGGCCGGAGCGCUGCCCCAGUCGUAAUCGUCGUCAUUGGCCGGUGCAGGCUGCUCUGACGGCUGCUGCUGCUGACGGGGCUGCUGCUGACAACACACACGCCCCAGCCAGCAACACACGUGCCUAUGUGUGCCCAUCCGUCUGUCUGAAUGUGUUCAGGGUGUUGUGGUGCCCACGUUGGCCGCCGGUAGGGAGUUGCCCGAGCCCAAGUCGUCGUCCGAAUCAUCGUCACCGUUCCUGCCUGCCGACACAGACACGGGGGCCACGAUGAGCUCCUGCGACUGGGAAGGGACGAACGGUGCGAUCUUGGGCAUCUGCACAUCCUUGAGCGGCUCCUCCUUGGCAGUGUGGAUGUCGGUGUCCUUGGUAGUGCUGACCAUGGUGACGGCGGGGGCGCCGGCGGACUUCUCGGGGUCCUCCGCAACACUCGCGCCUGACGCAUGGCACAUGCAGGGAAAGGUGAGGGGUUUAGGUGGUGACCAGCGAGUCGCGUGCGUACCCGCAGCAGCAGGGGCCGUCUUCUUGUUGUUGUCUGUGUUGUUCUUGUCCUUGGCCUCCUUGUCAACACUACCAGCUACUGAACAACACACACAGACAUCCACAGAGAAGGGCACAGUGAUGAGUGAGUGGUCCGUCCGUCCGUCCUGUCUUCUCCGUGUUGGCUGUGGGUGGCUUGUAACCUUUGUUCUCGCAUGCUGCUGCUGCUGCUGCUGCUCGGUGCGAUUCUCCCCCUCCCCCUCCUCUCCCUUCUGACCCUCAGCCGUCCCCUCCUCACCGCACACGCCCACACCCACACCCUCACCCUCACACGAUCCAUCAACUCCAAGACCAACAGCGACGUCAGGGGGCGACACCUGCUCGCCGCCCUCGCCACACGCAACAGCUCCCUCCUCACCCUCCCCCUCCCUGCCCUUGGCAUCGUCCUUGGCCGCCUGGCCGUGGUCGUCGUCAGCUGUGUGGCCCUUGUCGAUGUGGUGCUGGUCGACGGUCUGUGCGCCUUGUUCGGGUUUCGUCACGACGGGCGAGGCGGGUGGGCUUGCGCUCUCGAUGAGCUGCUCGUGCUGCUUGACCAUGGCCUCCACGGUGCACUUGGGCGGGCGUGAGGGGGGCUGUGGGGGUGUGGUGCGCUCGAGGGCGUCAUUGCUGUGGUCGGAUGGUGUCUGGAACUCCUGCUGCUGCUGCUGCUGCUGUUGGUCAGCCUGCCGUCCGCCGUCGCCAUCGGUCUCCUCUGCGGGUUGGUUGCUGUCCUCUGGCUGGACGGCGGGUGACUCGUCCACAGUGGCAUCAGCUGCGCACAGACAAACACAUAGAGAGGGGGAGAAGACGGGAAACGUGUGGCAGAGGGGUGUAGUGGUGUUGUCUGAUGGUGCAGUGGUGUGGAGGGGUGUGCGGCGGUGGUGGCGAGGCCUCUCUGACGUGUUGCUGACCCCAACGUGGUGGCGCGCGACCCCUCUGACCACGUGUGUGUGCUGGUCUACACCCCCUGCCCCUUCCCCCCCGCUCACCGGGCUGCUCGUGUGGUUUGCUCUCGGUGUUUAGCUGUUCUUGGUUGCCGUCGUUGCCCUCUCCCUGCUGGUCUCCGUCGACGGCACCAGCCUCCUGGUGCUCGGUGGUGGUGAUGUGGCCGUUCUCGGCUGUGGGCUGCUGUUGCUGCGCCUCAGGGGAGUCGCCACCGUCUUGACCGACAGGGGAGGGGUCUGCACACACGCGCACCACACCCCCCCCCCCACACACAUACAACACCAUGUUGGACGCGAGACACGUGUGGCGUGUGGUGCGGUGUGUGAGGGUGUGUUUUGGCUGUGUGUGGGUGUGCGGUGGUGUGUGGUGUCGGCGCUAGAGGGUGUGUGAUGAGAUGCCGGGCUGGCGUGGACGUGGGGAGGUGUCUUGGUGUCUGCCCGUGCCACCCGUGCCCGUCUCCGUACCUUGCUCGCCGUGUUCUUGGUCUGACAUGGUGCGCAGUCUGUCAAGAAGGCCCUUGCCGUGACCGCCUGGCUCAGUGCUCCUCGGGAAACCUCAACACGUCGCCAACCUGGACAGACAUGCGCACCAAAGACACACAAUGCGCCAAAUGCAUGAGUCUUCCUGCGAGGAUCUCCCCUCCUCGCCCUCGCCCGUGCGCCACUGACCCGCUGCCUCUCUCCCUAGAGGCCUGGCUCCCUGCCCGGAUGAAUCAGCACGACGCUGUCUGCCUGAUGUGGCAUGCACUUACCUGGUUUGGUCUCAGGAGCUUCGUGAGGGCUCCCUGUCGCCACACGUAGAGAGAUUGGAACACAGGAAAUUCCCGAAAGGAGAGAAAAGGCCGAAAAACUCGGAGGCUCUCGAAGGUCGUCG